ACCUAUAAUCAGGGUUUAAUGACGAUGUCUGAAUUCUAAUGUAUACAUGCGUGGCUAAAUCACAUAACAAUCCGAUUUUUAUUGCUUUGAAAUCUUGUCUGAAGGAGGCUAUUAGAAGUUAUAUUUCACUUUCCAUUUCAAUUGGUUCCAAGACUCGGCCAAACUCUUUUCUAAAAUUUGGAUCCGAUAGGAUCUAUUGAAAUGGGGGAUUGGCUAUUUGUUUUGAUCCUGGAAGGAAUUUAUGUAUCUUUUUUGGUGCAAAAUCACCCUAAAGUUUGGAUCUUUUAUUGAUUUAUUUAUAUUUUACUGAAAGAUUGCAGUUUGUAGUAUCUCACUUCCAUGUUUUAACAAUAUGGAGAAUUGAAUCGUAAAUCAUCUGGACUCUAUGUGGGUUUUUUAUGGGUGACGAGAUUUUAGUAGUUGAAUGGUGUUCUCAUAUCCUUGACAGCUGUAUGGAGCAUACCCUUUUAUGUUGGGUUAUCUGGGGUAUUUUUGUGCCUCUCUAGAUUUCUAUAUUCUUUCCUGGAAAUAUUCCAGAAAUUCUCAACUUUAAAUUGCUUUUACAUUGCAAGUCUCUUUGAUAUUAAACAUAUGUUUCUCAUUCAGUAUCAUGGGGAUCGAAUGUCUCCAUGGUAAUGAUGGAAUUAAACCAUCAUUAUAAUGGGGCCACAGAAAAGUUUGAGCUUUUGUCCAACUGAUUGUGUGGCUUGUAGUUUUCAGAUCAAUAGGAACUUUUUCCAUUUAAAAAAAUUUUUGCUCAUUAUCUUUAAUGGCUCCUUUUAUGUCAUUUAAGGUGAUAUAUUUUGUACAUAAAAUUAUAAAUAAUAGACCGUUGCCUGAUGUCCAGGUAAAAUUACAUAUGACUAUGGAUCUGGGGCGAAUAUUGUUAGUUAUUUAUUACAUUGUAGAAAUCUUAAGAAUAAGGUUUUUAAAUGCUGUACCUUUUCUAUUAAUGUAAUUAAUGCAUAGUGCUCACGAAUUUCUUUUAGGUAUUUUUUUUGAAUCAUUUAUGUAAUGAACUCCUAGUGAGCAUUUUGAUAAUGUCGCGAUAAUGGAAUUAUGUUGCAUGUUUGAAUUGGGUAAUUUGCCUUAACUUUAAAAUGUCACUAGAGUAUUGUUUAAUGACAUUUUUAAAUUUUUGUAAUAUUAUCUCUUAUUUUUUAUUUCUUAAAUCAAUAUAUAUAUAUAUAUAUAUAUAUAUAUGUUACAGCAACUUUCAUGGGAGUAUUUGUAUUAUAAUUUUUUUUUUAUCAUUAUGAUAGGACACUGCGUGGUAAUCAGGCUUUUUAUUUUUGUCUUUUUUUGGCUUCUGUUGAUUUUAUUUUUUAUUUUUCGGGGAUGGCCAUCAACUAAAUACUAUGGCCUCUUUAAUAGAUGAAUAUCAUGUUUUACAUUUUAAUCUGAUUUGGUGUUGAGGCAGACCUAUAAACAUCAAUUAUACUGAUAUCUGGUUUCUUGAAUGCCUCACUUUUCUUGGAGUUAUUUUUCUAUGCUCAUUUACAUUUUUUGACACUAUGUUUGGUUUCCAUUAGCUUUAAUGAUCUUUUUUUUUUAAUCAAGGACUGGCAAGUUUGGAAGUUAAUAUUGGCUCUAAAAUCUAAAUACCUGCUUGCUUUUUGUUUUCUUUGGUUUGUAGGCAGUAAGCAAGUUACAUCUGUUGUACAUAUGGGACCUAAUGGGCAUAGAAGAGUAGGGAGACAGGAUCUUCAUACCAAAGAAAAUGGCAGUGCAAGUCUAAUGCGUGCUAGUGAAGAAUUUGAUCCAUGGACUGCAUGGGCAUACAAGCCUCGUACUGUGUCUUUGCUACUUAUUGGUGCCUGUUUUCUUAUGUGAGUGAUAACUGGGCAAGUGGAGUCCUUGACCCUGAAGGUGGUGCAGGUGAUCUUGUUAUAUCCGUGAAGAGGGGUGUAUGGGCUAUGAUUGCAGUUUUUCUUGCUUACUGCUUGCUGCAAGCUCCUUCCACGGUCCUUAUUAGGCCACAUCCUGCAAUUUGGCGCCUAGUACAUGGAAUGGCCGUUGUGUACCUUGUCGCCCUCACAUUUUUGCUUUUUCAGAAGCGUGAUGAUGCUCGGCAAUUUAUGAAGUUUCUCCAUCCUGAUCUUGGCGUUGAACUUCCAGAAAGAUCAUAUGGCACUGAUUGCCGCAUAUAUGUACCUGAGAAUCCCACAAGCAGGUUUAACAAUGUUUAUGGAACACUUUUUGAUGAGUUUGUGCUAGCUCAUAUUAUCGGAUGGUGGGGUAAGGCAAUAUUGAUCCGUAAUCAGCCUCUUCUGUGGGUGUUAUCAAUAGGAUUUGAAAUGAUGGAGCUUACAUUCCGCCACAUGUUACCAAACUUCAAUGAGUGCUGGUGGGACAGUAUAAUUCUUGAUAUUUUGAUCUGCAAUUUGUUUGGCAUCUGGGCAGGGAUGCACACUGUCAGGUACUUUGAUGGAAAAACAUACAACUGGGUUGGUCUAAGCCGUCAGCCUAAUAUUGUUGGAAGAUUCAAGCGAACAUUGGGACAGUUCACCCCAGCACAGUGGGACAAAGAUGAGUGGCACCCCCUGCUUGGUCCAUGGCGGUUCAUUCAAGUUCUCAGUCUUUGCGUUGUGUUUUUAACAGUAGAGCUGAACACAUUCUUUUUGAAGUUUUGUCUUUGGAUUCCUCCACGGAACCCUGUGAUUGUGUAUAGGUUGAUAUUGUGGUGGCUAAUUGCAAUACCAACAAUUCGCGAGUACAACUCGUACCUUCAAGACCGCAAACCAGUGAAGAAAGUUGGAGCAUUUUGUUGGCUUUCACUUGCUAUCUGCAUUGUUGAGCUUCUCAUUUGCAUCAAGUUUGGUCAUGGAUUAUAUCCUAAUCCAAUGCCUUUGUGGUUGGUCAUUUUCUGGAUGUCCGUUGCGGUGGCCCUCUUAAUAUUCCUCCUUGCUUGGUCUUGGCAACUGCAUCAGAGUUUUGGUAAAAAGAGGCGAUGAUUUUUGCUAUUGCGAUACAUCAUUCUUUGAUUUCUUCCUUUCCCUGAGGGUAUCCAUCAAUUGCUGUAAAUACCCAACACCAUUAUAAACUGUAAAUGCUAUAUUCUCUUAGGUUAGUGGAUCAGUCUGUUGAGCAUAUAGAGAUUAUUCUUACAGUAUAGGUUGUGGGAAAUGCUUGUAAUCUAAGGCUUGUGAGUUACUGUUUAGUUUGGUUUGCCGCUGUUGUAGUACAGUUUUCUUGAGCCUUUUUGGACCUCCCCGUUUUUGGUGUUGUAGAACAGUUUUUUUAUGUGAUUAGCCUCAAAUUUUAAUCCAUGAGAGAAUUUUUGUCA